AUGGAGUUUGAAGACAGCGACGGUAAUGGCACCCCGCCAGGUGAUUCCCGGAAUCGUCUGGUCGACGAACAAGUCGAAUACAACAUCGACUGGACGCCUUUGGACAAACUGAGCUCCAUGGAUUGCCUGCUUACGGUUACGAACGGGAACCUGAACUGGAAGUCGAUGCCUUCUGCACAGAACGCAGUGAAGUUUGGCGAAUGCGGCAAAGAAACCAUCUCGGUUAAGCUCAAAGUCUCCGACGAGACGAUUUCGCCACUGUUGUACAAGUACUUGAAGCUCGAAUUCCAUCUCUACGAGGCAGGCCUGCCUGACACCCAGGUUGCAGAGGCCCUCAUCUACUUCCGAGACAUGGAAAGCAUCACGGCAGGCUGCUUGUCUCUCGACGAUCGAUCGAAGGCGCUGAAGCAGCACAACCCAGAAGCUGUGGCGCGCCUAGAUCUGAUCAAGGUCUCUUUCGAGACAUCCCAGGUCACUUUCAACAUAUCAACCCAGCAACGCCUCCUGGUGCAGGGCUUCGACAAGGCCGAGGGACGCAAAAAAGGAAAUGUUUGCUACGGGAGCCGGUACGACGAUUUGACUGCUCUGAUCAACAGUCUUCGGUCCCAAGACACUAAACGUAUCAUCCAAAUCGACCUUCUGCUCGUCAAGCCUGUCCUCCGAGGUGGAAAACAGUGGGAGGAGACCCUGAACAAUGGGUUCGAAUUAGCACACAGAACGGAUCGGACUGAAGAUCGGACUGAAGACCAAAUGGCCCAAUGGUUUCCAGAAAACGCACUCAUUGGAGAUCAAAGCGUAGAGGCUUUCCGGUAUUUGCAGACGUUCAAGCGUAAUGAGAGAACACGCUCUGUCAACUUUCUGGAGAAGUUCCCAGUCCUCCUCGCACUUACUCAGUCGGACGGCAAUCAAUCGGCGUUGUCUGAAUGUCCCGAGCAAAUUGUCUCGCAAUACCUGAAGCUGGACUCAGCCAAGCAAUCGGUCAUCAGUCGACUCAAUGACCUGCCUGCUGGCUUGGCAUUUAUUUCAGGAGUCGCUGGGUCUGGAAAAACCGAACUGAUCAAGUUCAUUAUUGCAGCAUGCAUCUUCGGACAGGGAGCCGCCAAGCCCGUUCCAGCAUUGUAUCUUGCUCCAAACAACCAUGCAGUGGACGACAUGGCCAAUAAGUUUCAAGAUUAUUUUGAAAAAUUGGGUCUGGAAGGUGCCCCAACCAUCAUGCGUCUGUACAGUUUGGACUUUGAGGUCAAGUCUGUCACUCGUGCUCUUGCUCCCGGCCUUGGCACCUCUUACCAGUAUUUCAACGAAGAGAAAGCUCAUGGUGAUAUCAAAGAAGUCGAUACGGAGGCAGGGAAGAAAGACUUGAAAGGCCGAGCACAACAGUUUCUUGCCGCUUAUCAGCUUGAGAGAAUGGGUUGCGAUUUGAACCAGCAGAACAAGAAGAGUCGCUCCAAGCGAAUUCGGUCAACCAAUGUGUCCGCCGAUACCGCCGCCGUGGCUUACUACCAGACGCACAUCGAGAAGUACCGCGGUCUUCAGGAUAUUCUCAUCAUCAGCGAACGGGAUGGCAGUCUGAGUGACGAUCAGCUCAGGGAGGUUCGAAUCUUAGUCAAGGAACUUCUUCACGACAUGCUCUCGGACUUCAAAGGCAUCAUUUGCACGACUUCGGUUGUCUCUUCCAAUGUAACGGUACGACGUUUUAAGGCCGAACUGGUGUUCACAGACGAAGCUGCACGGCAAUCCGAACUUGGCUCACUCAUCAGUAUUGCUCACUACCAGCCUCAUGCUUGGUUCUUCCUGGGAGAUACAGCGCAGCUCAAGCCUUACGUCGGUGAGGAUUUUAAGGCAGCGGACAAUCCAUUCAUCAGACAAAUGUCUGUGUCUCUACUCGAGAGAGCAGUCUCGGCCGGUGCCGAGCUGGGUUGGUUGGACAUCACUCAUCGCCUUCGGGGCAACCUUCGCCCGCUGCCGUCGAAAAUUCAUUACGGACACCGCAUGCAGAACAACGGUAUCCCGGGUUGGAAUUGGCCGCCUUCGACGCUUGCAUUUGCAGCCGAGAUGAAGAAACUGCUCGGCCCAUCGGCAAACGUUUCGAACCCAUCUCGUGUGGUCGUGCAGUUUCCUUUUGCCAGGGCGACUCUGGCUGGGACUUCAUCAAAAAACAUCACGCACGUGCGAUGGGUACUUGAUCAAGUCAAGAAGAUGUUGCAAAGCCCGCAGCUGACAGAGAUCGACUCGAAAAAGAUGGCCAGUAUUCUUAUCCUGCCUUUGUACAAGGCACAGGUUGACCUGUACCGGGAGAAGCUGCACAAAGAGCGGAUCCAGAAAAGAAUCUCAGACGAACACUUCCGAAGAAUUGAAGUCCGGACCCUUGACUUUGCUCAGGGCGAAGAGAGAGACGUUGUCAUUGUCGAUUACGUGCAGACGCACAAGGCCGGAUUCUGUGUUGACCCAAACCGCAACUGCCUGGCCACGACUCGAGCAAAGCAAUGUGAGAUUCUCAUCAUCAACGCCGGAAUGAUCAACUCUCCAGGAGCCGAGAACAGCAAGGUCGGGCAGAUUCUUGCAGAAGCCACCGAACUCGGAAUUGUCUUGAAGGUAUCAUCGUGCAGCAACUGCGAGGACCCAAGCCACAAGGAGGAGGAAUGCGAUCGAAAGUCCGAGUCAAAGCUUUGCAACUGGUGCAACGAGAACGGACAUUCGUACGCGACUUGCCCCAAAGUGCAAUGCAGAAACUGCCGAAAGCUUGGACAUGUGGAGCCCGACUGCCCAAGCCCGAAGCUCUGCCAACAGUGCGGCCAUGAAGCAACCACCGGUCAUCGAAAGACUUGCUUGGGUGUGCGCUCACUGCAGAGCGAAGGGUCAUAA